UUAACGAAACCGGGUAUUGGUUUUCAACCGCAGGUGCGUGCGUGCGACGAUACGAACGCCUUCGGCUCUGUCUGCGUUUCCGCUGGUGGUUUACUCUACACACCAGGGAAAAACCCUAGGGUGCGAAAAUGGCGAAUUCCUCGGGCUUCUUGGCAGCGAUCUCUCUCCUCCUGCUUCCUGCACUAUGCCUCACUUUCUCCGUCGAGAAUCCGACGGAUCGGCGUUUGUUGGUUCUUCUCGACGAUCUAUCACUCAAAUCCUCUCACUCCGUCUUCUUUAACUCCCUCAAGUCCCGUGGAUUUGACCUUGAUUUCAAGCUAGCUGAAGAUCCGAAGCUGGCUCUUCAACGUUAUGGCCAGUACCUGUAUGACGGAUUGAUCAUUUUCGCUCCGUCGACGGACCGAUUUGGAGGAUCUCUGGAUUCGAAAUCCAUCGCGGAUUUCGUUGACUCUGGUCGCGACUUGAUCUUAGCGGCUGAUGAUUCUGCAUCUGAUCUUAUUCGAAGCAUUGCCACCGAAUGUGGUGUUGAUUUCGACGAGGAUGCAUCAGCUAUGGUCGUCGAUCAUUCCAGCUACGCAGUCUCUGACAUUGAUGGAUAUCACACCUUGAUUGCAGCUGAUGAUUUCGUGAAAUCUGAUGCAAUUUUAGGGAAAACAAAGAUUGAGGCUCCCGUGCUUUUCAGAGGGAUUGCACAUUCCUUGAACCCUGCCAACAGUCUGGUUUUGAAAGUCCUGUCAGCCUCUCCCUCGGCAUAUUCUGCAAACCCGAACUCUAAGUUAUCAAGUCCUCCCCAGCUCACAGGAUCUGCUAUCUCAUUAGUCUCUGUCAUGCAGGCCAGAAACAAUGCUAGGGUUAUGAUCUCUGGCUCCUUGCAGAUGUUUAGCAACAGGUUUUUCAGAUCAGGUGUGCAAAAAGCUGGGAGUCCGAACAAAUACGAAAAAUCUGGCAACGAACAGUUUGUCACUGAACUAAGCAAAUGGGUAUUCCACGAAAGGGGGCACCUGAAGGCUGUUAAUCUUGUGCACCAUAAGGCUGGAGAGAUGGAUGAGCCUGCAAUGUACAGGAUAAAAGAUGACCUGGAAUUCUCUGUGGAGAUAUACGAGUGGUCUGGGAAGAACUGGGAACCGUAUGUGGCUGAUGAUGUGCAAGUUCAGUUCUACAUGAUGAGCCCAUACGUUUUGAAAACCCUGUCCACAGACAAAAAGGGUCUGUAUGAAACAUCUUUCAAGGUUCCAGAUGUGUAUGGUGUCUUCCAGUUCAAGGUUGAAUACGAAAAACUGGGGUACACUACUAUAUCGCUCUCAAAGCAGAUCCCUGUGCGGCCAUACAGACACAAUGAAUACGAGAGAUUUAUCACAACUGCUUAUCCUUAUUAUGGAGCUUGCUUCAGCACUAUGGCUGGAUUCUUCGUCUUCAGCUUUGUCUACCUUUACCAUAAGUAGAAAGCUCCACAAUUAGGGUUUUUUCUCAGUCUGAUAAAGUUAGCCUUACCUCUUUUAUUUUAAACGACAAGAAGUUGAGGUCCAGAAAAAAAAAUUACUUCCGGGAACUUUGUGAUACUCUUCUGAAAUUAGUUUUAACUCAGUCUGUUCUCUCUUUGAGAUGCCUUAUGUUUACAGAUUUCAGUUUU